AUGCAGCCCGACAUCAAAAACAUUCAGAUUCAGCUUACCGGAUUUCUCGACAAAGAUACUGCUCCAUUUUGCAAGGAAUUGUGGAAGCUGUUUCUAAGCGCACAAGACAGCCCGCAAGGUGUCCCCAAGGAAUUGUUAGAAGCAAAGAAGCUGGAGCUCAUUCAAGAAAAGGCAAAGCGGCCGACGAUGCUAGAAACCGCCGCGAUGAACCCGAACGGCGCGUCCGCAAUAUGCCCCCUUCCUACGAUCAAGAUAGAAGAGACAGACCACGAGAUCGAGGCGAUAAUCGCCAAGGCCGCUGGAACGACCGCGCGUUCGACAAUCGCGGGGAUGCUAGACCCAAGCAGAGAUUGCGAUCUCCUGAUGUGCGAAAUCGGUUGCCCAGGGGUUCAUUUAAUGGCGAUAGCUACGUACCACGCGGACAAGAUGCACCACAACGUGGACGUGGACGAGAUCGCCGAUCUGCGCGGCCUCGCUCAACAUCAUCAUCCAGAAGAUCAAGUUCCCCAUCACGCAGUCGCUCUCGUUCCCCUCCGCGCCGACGAAGAGAUUCACCGCGACGCGGAAAUACGCAACGAAAGCGAUCGAGGUCCAGAUCACGCUCGCUUCGGCGACGCCCAGAUCGAUCAGGCCGACAUGAAGAUAAAGAUAGGUUACCUGUUGCAAAGAGAGCGCGCCGACAAGAUUCAAGAAGCAGAUCUCGUAGCAGAGGUCGAUCUUCAUCCGUAUCAUCUGCGUCUAGUCGCUCUAGAAGCUAUUCAUCGUCAAACAGCCGAAGCCGGAGCCGGAGCAACAGCAAAAGCAGGAGCAGAAGCAGGAUUGAAGGCAAUAGCAAGAGCAAGAGCAAGAGCCGGAGCAGGAGCCCAUCGUCCGGGUCGCCCGAGAGACGAGACAAUGCGAGAUCAACAGCUCGAAGACGCAACAGCUCCUCAGCAUCUGUUUCUCCACGCCGCGCUUGAUAAUCGUGCUGUCUCAAUAUGGCAAACUGGAAAAGAAAUCGAAAUACCAAUUAUGGGAUAA